CCACCAACUCAGACUCAUAUAAGCUGUUGUGUUGGCCCCGUCAGCCAUCAGUGCCGCCCCGCAUCGGUCUAGUUCAGGCCGCACAAAGUUAAACACACUCCUUUGUUAAGAAAACAUCGGACGUCAAGGAAGGUUUAGUGCACCUAUUUUACGGAAAAUCUCAUCUUACUUCACAACAUUCCUCGUUUUCAAAUGGAGUACAUCGCAGCAAUGGACUACGAAAUCGACCAAGUUGUUCCUGUUCGAGACCCGAAAUCGUUCUCACUCAUUUCCAUCGGAGAGGACCUCAUCAGUGAGAUAAGUGAUAUAGACUGCGACUUCUUCAUGGACGAUGUCAACAGGGAAAUGGCAGACGUCUCCUCGCUAACAGAGCUCGGUCCUCUUCCUUUCCUCAUCCGUAGGAAUUCAAGCAAGAGUAGGGGGACUGGAAAGGUCACUGACAAGGAAAAUUACAUCUCCGAUCAUCCUAUGCUGCGUAAAUCUUACAGUAUUCCUAGGAUGAACAGUGCCGAGAGAUGGAAUAACCUGGUUGGUUCCUUUCGGCCAGAUAAUGAACUGAAAGCUAUUGGACUUUCUCGCAACUCCUCUCUUCGUAAUUCGAAGGAUUUCCUCAAGAACAGCAACGCAGAAGUGGUGAAGAAUCACAGUGAUUUCAAAGGUGUUCACUUUACUCAACAUUCUACACUUGAUAAAAAUGCAGGUGAAGUUUCCCAGAAACUUCAGCUGACAGAGAACACUUCAGCAACUGAAAAUAGAACUUCUUACACAGCAGAUUGGAUUCGCCGAUGUUUGGAAGAUAUAGCCAGAGUUGCUGACGAAACUCAAAGCUGCCUGAAUGAACAAAUGCUAGUAGACACACAAGGAAAUUGGCAGACGCUGGUUACCGAACAAACUGGAAACAGAAUAAAUAACGGGAAAUCAUUCGGUCAGAUGAUGAAAUCACGAACAUCCUCAUUUGGUGACUACUCAAUAUUGAGAGCUGCUAGUCAAUCAAAAGAAGUACCAUGCAAUAGACCUUGUGUCCCAAAUGAAACCUUUUCAAGCACAACUUUGAACAGUGCUCUGAUCCCACAAACUGCGCAACAUCCAGUGAAUGAGUCUAUUAGUAAUGUUGAUGAAAUCCCUGAAAUCUCUACGAAUGAAAUUGCAGAGGCAAGUGAGAGUUUGGAGAGAGAUUAUGUACUCAGGCCACAAGUGCAGUGUCUCUCAGCUUCGUUAAAGAAUCUUGCUUUGGCAUCUAAUAUUUCUAUCAGUGAGCCAGAACUUGACAAAGCUUCUGCAGUUCCAAGUUCAUGCCAACCAGGUUGUCAGGUGGAUGCCAUGACCAAUGAAUCUUCAGGAUUAAGGAAGUCAGGUGAAGACCCUUCCCCAUCAAACAAAGAACGUGGUAAUACUCAUUUCAGUUAUAUUCAAGAACGUACUAAUCUUGAGACUGAGAAAACGUUCAGUGAAGGUAAGCGACAUCAGUCUGAAAUCUCUCCAGAUAAAUCCAGGAAAAGGUGCCAGACUCAAUCAACUCCAAGUACAACUGUAAAGCCAUUGAAAAGGAAAGUAACUUCAUCUUUAAGAGAUGCUCCUGAUUUGAAGAAACUGAGGAGAGAAUUGCCAGUAGCAAGAACUUCGAUGAUCACAAGAAAAUCAAUUCAGUUGCUCAGAAGAGAACUGCCGAAUCGUGCUGCUUCUUACACUUCACGGAGAAAGGCACAACUUUUCAAAGCUGCUGAAGAAGGCGAUCUACUCACUGUCAGGAAGUUGCUGAUCCACGCAGGGCCUGCUGUUAGAGACAGAAAGAAGAAUACUCUACUGCACGUUGCUGCAGCCAACAAUCAGGUUGACGUCGUAAUCCAUCUGCUAGACCUUGUCAGCCCAAAUGUUACGAACAGGGAAGGUCAGACACCGGCACAUGUUGCUGCUGUCAACGGUCACAUGCAGAUGUUAAGAAUUUUAUCCCUGGAUAAACAAUUCAAUCCAGACAAAAGAGACAGAAAGCAGAGGACUUUCAGAGAUCUGCUAAUCGCUCCCGCCUUCGAAGCAGUUCUCAAAGGAAAUAAGAAUAAAGUAAAGUCUCUCAUUAAGCUUGGAGUAGAUUUUGACGGCCAUGCUGGGAAGUUGGUUAAUGGUGUUUUGGCCAGAGAACUCCAAGUAACAAGUCCUCAUCAGUUGGCUGCUGCUUUGCAUGGUGAACACUUCCUUGACGACAUGCAAAUAAAAAGUUCAUCAAAAUUUGUCGCUGAUGGUUUCAGCUCACGAAGAACCACUCCCAAGGAAAGUCACACCAAUAUGGGCUACGUCUGCUUUUUGCAUUUCCAUUCAUUCGCUGGAAAUCCGGAACUAAACCGCAACGAUUCCAGAGGCAACGCAACUGAUCUAGCAAAACUACUCAUGAGUACAGGUUACAGCGUGGACAUCCAUGCAUCAAUGACCCUUGAAGAAACCAGGCAAACGCUCAGGAGUGUCAGAGAUAAUUUGGCACUGGAAGAGUCUCGUUGCGCCAUCUUUGUCGUCUCAAGUCAUGGAACCGACGGAUCCUUUCUCACGUCGGACAUGGAAGUGCUCACGACUGAAUGGGUGAUGGGUAUGUUCAGAGACUCCGAUUGCCCCCAGCUGAAGAACAAGCCCAAGCUGUUUAUAUUCGACUUCGAUUCAGGUUGUCACCUGGAAAGGAUUGAUUUGAGAGUGGAGGGAGAAUGUCCAAGAGUUGAGGAACCUCUGAAUGGCAUGAUUUCUCUCUCUGCAGAGAACCUCCUGAUGCAGGGAAUACCAAGACGUGCCUCUUUCCUGGCAGUGUUGUGCAAGGUUCUGAGAAAUUGUCAAUCUGGCAAAGAUAUUGCUGACGUUCACAGACACCUGGUAAAAGCGUAUUCAGAAAUGGGAUCUUAUACGUUGCCUGAAAUAUGUAGCUAUGGUCGCACGAGUAAAUUCUGCGUUAUUCCCUAGAUACUAGAGAAUAUUAUUUUCUAGAUUUUUUUUAUUCUAGUCAUGUCAACCAACGAUAACUUAAGCAAAUGUUAUACUAGAUCUGAUCAUUUCCAUUUUUGUAAGUAAUUAGUAUUAUGAAUGCCAAUAUCUGAAGCUUUGUAUAUAGCAAUAUAAUGUCUUUGUCUAUUAUAUUUGAAGUUACAGAGACGCUGAGGUGGAAUUUUUUCAAUCUUAUCAUUACUUGAGUUCAUACUAAAAGAGCAUUAUAUGUAUAUAAAAUUAUAUAUGUUAGAACUAUGAAAUAUAUGUCAUAUAUAUAGUCCAAGUAAAUAAAAGGAAAUCUGCCAAAAUAUUUAUCAUUUUCAAAAUUAAACAUUAAUACUUUCCCG